AAACCUGGCCCCAGGGCGGCCUUAUCUUAGCCGGCGCAGCAAGGAGAGCGGCGGCGUGUGGUGCGCAGGCGCACUUUUUCUACGCUCGUUGCCAUUUUGGCAGGAGGUGGUGGUGGUGGUGGUGCCGCCGAGUUAAGGCGGAAGGAGCGCUGAAGUCUGCCAUGGGAAACACCACUAGCGAGAGGGUGUCUGGCGAACGUCAUGGCUCCAAGUCUCACCGUUCUGAUGGGGCCAGCAGCACCCACCAUACCAAGGAUCAUUCACACAAGAUCAUGGUUGGAAGUACUGAUGAUCCGAAUGUCUUCAGCACCCAUGACUCCAAGCUUCCGGGAGAAAAAGAUUUUGUGUCAUGGCAGCAUGACUUGGACGAGUCAAUCAAGCCGUCCCAGCAGGCGCGUCCCACUGUCAUCCGCUGGACUAAUGGAGGCAAAGAAGUCUUCAUCUCAGGCUCCUUCAACAACUGGAGCACCAAGAUACCUCUCAUUAAAAGCCACAAUGACUUUGUUGCUAUUCUGGACCUUCCUGAAGGUGAACACCAGUACAAGUUCUUUGUGGAUGGCCAGUGGGUUCAUGAUCCUGCUGAGCCAGUGGUAACUAGUCAGAUGGGGACGAUUAACAAUCUGAUUCAUGUGAAGAAGUCUGAUUUUGAAGUGUUUGAUGCUUUAAAGUUGGACUCCCUUGAAAGUUCAGAGACAUCCUGUCGAGAUCUUACUGGUUCUCCUCCUGGAAUAUAUGGCCAGGAAAUGUAUGUGUAUCGGGCUGAGGAGCGUUUCAAAUCCCCACCAAUUCUACCUCCACAUCUCCUCCAAGUUAUCCUUAACAAAGACACCAACAUUUCGUGUGAUCCAGCACUUUUGCCUGAACCAAACCACGUGAUGCUGAACCACCUGUAUGCUCUGUCAAUCAAGGAUGGUGUCAUGGUGCUCAGUGCCACACAUCGCUACAAGAAGAAAUAUGUUACUACUCUCCUCUACAAACCCAUCUGAGACGGGUUCCUCCUUAUCACCAUGUGGGCACAGAGACUGCUGCUUCGUCUGCACACAUCAUUAGGAUGGGUCGUCUGCUUCCAGGCUGUUUUGGCAGAGACAGAAGCUCUGUACGAGGCCAGCCCCUAUCUUGGUUUUACAGGCUGAUAACAAACUUACUUCCUUGGCAGCUGUUUCUGCCACACAGCUUGCAUCUGUCAGUAGCACAGAACCUGUAGUACCACAAUUCUGGGUGGCAUUGUCUCUUGUCAACUGCUGACUGUAGGGGGUGGAAAGGCUUCUUGCUAGGGAAUGUCAAUGGAGAAGGAGUCUUGAGUCCUUUCUGUCCUGGGCACCAUCUUGCAGUCCCUGGUCUAACCCCCAUCCCUCUGGCCAUUGAGAGCUUUCUAGCAGUAACACAGCAUCAAGGACGAGAGGACAGUCCCUGAUUUCCUCUACUUAGAAACUCACCUGUUUCCUGUCUUAAUGAUUUUCCAUUGUGACAAUAAACUCUUACGCUUAGGCACUCUACCAUUAUGGGACAUGGACAAAGGGCCCUGUCCUGAAGGUUAAAUAGAACCUGUCUUGCAUGCAUUAUUGAUCAUAAUAGGUGUAUAGACCUUCCCAGUUCAGAGACAGUAUGCCACAGACUACCAACUGCUGUGGAACAGUAUCAGGCUUUUGCUUUUUGCUUCCCAGCUUCCCAGGAUGGAGGACUACAUGGACCUCUAAUCUGAUACAAUGGGGCUGCUCUAAUGUCCUUAUUAUGUGCCACAACCAGCCCUUUCAGGUACACCCAGUAUGGUGGUAGGAGUUUUAGUGACAUGAACUCCCACACAAGUGUAUGUGUUUGCCUAUGCCAUUGCAUUGGCAUAUACUUCUGCUGAGUAGAAUUGCAGUAUUCAAAAACAAGCUUUGCUUUGUUGCGCUCAAAUGGAAAGGGCUCUAUAAAGAAUGUUUCAUCCCUAUGAGACAUUAGUUACGGCCAGACGUACAAACCAGCACACCCUGGUUUGAAGGAAGAGGGAAGCAACAGCAGUGGUAGGCACUGAACAUACUGACUCUGGGAAGAUGGUGGUCCCUUGCAGAAUCUUACCAAAGUCUCAUAUGUUUCAGGCAGGUUCCUCGAGGAAGCUGAUGAGGAGAGCAGGAUAGUGAAUGGAGAUUCUGACAUGGCUACUACUUUUCUGACCUCAUGAAAGAUAGGUUGCUUGCACAAUUUAGAAAAAUUGUGAAUCGUUCUUAACAGUUUCCUUUCUGGUAUUUAUUUGGAUUCCAGACCAUUAGCUGCCUAUUCCCUUCUGACCUCCUUCAUGAUUUAGGAUAGCCCUGUUGCCUGAGGAGGAACAUCUGAUUGAGUAGUCGCAAAGCUCAUAAGAGGCAUUAGGUCUGUAACACUACAAGAAAUCUAAUCCAUAUUCACAUGAGUCCUGCACCAUUGAACAGAACAACUUGUCCUUUAUCACUUUUAGUCUUUUGCCUUGGGAUUAGGUAAGGUCCUGUUUUGGAGACGGUGAACUCCUGACCUAGAACAGGGACAUCCUUCUAGAACAGAGAAAUUGUGUUCUAAAGGGACAGGAUUUGAGGUGUUUAUUCCCUUUUUCUUAAAUUGCCCGCUGUAGUCAAUAGCUGUUUUUCCUAAGUUCUUUCUCAAAGCAAAUGUGAGUAAAAUAAUCAUUAUAAUUUUACUGAGAUGCGCUUCAAAUCCUGAUCUGUUUGUACUCCUCCCCAAACGCUGGGGUUUGGAUUGAACGAGUACAUUGUCUUGCACAGACUGAUGUUGCCAUGUUAAACGCAGUUUGCAUGGCUGUUGCUAUCCUGGUUGAAUUAAUUGUUACUUCAGUUGGAAAGCAGUACUGCAAGAAUAGAGAUGUUUGAUUUCCAUCAAUGGGCAAGAAACUAAAUGACUGAACUGGUUAUCUACCCCAUCAGGAGGCCCAGUUGUCUUAGCAGCAUGAAUAGCUUCUGACAGAGUGACAGGCGUUUCCUGCUUAUUUUUGUCCUCUCAGCUGCUGAGGCAGGGAGGGCUUCAUAAUCUACUGGCUUGGCUGCACAGCUCAAACUAACUUCUAGUUAGUGCAAGGACCACAUCACUAUUUGUUAUGAUUUUUUGCAUGUCCUGUUCUCGCAGUAUUAGUUUCUGGGACAUUUAAAAGCCCAGAGUUUGAAUAUAUGUUUAAGAAGGAAAUAUAUAUGGGUGUGCAAAAAUGUUGUUCCAGUAUGUUGUGUAAGAAUGUGAGAAUGACAGUUUCAGCACUCUUAUUACUGUUUUGAAAUCUGAUGUAGACAAUUCUGGGUGGGGUGGGGGUGGGGCGUGGGGAAGAUGAGCACACUGGCUAUAUUUGCAGAAUGGUUUCCUCCACCAUGAAAAGGACAGACCAACCUAGCCCAGCAAUCAGUAACAUACAUAUUGUUGUAAAACCUGGAAUAGCUGCUGUGGGCUGAGAUGACGUAAGAAGUUGGCUGAUGUCAGUAGCAGCCACAGAAGAGUUUUGUUGAAGAGGAGAAGUUGAGUGUGUAGUUCUUGAUGAUGUACACAAUAAAAGAGUGGAUGAAAGAA